AUGAAACGGCCCUUAGCUGGUAACAUGUUGCUGGCGUUAGUUGCAUUAUUAUUGAGUUGUUCGGUUGUGUGUAAUGGAAAAGACACUAUAUUGGGAGUUUCAGAGUCCGAGCUACAUCUCUAUGAACGUAAAGGACCAAAUUGGACAUGCUUAGAUGAUUCGGCUGUUAUACCUUACGAAGCUAUAAAUGAUGACUACUGUGAUUGUGCAGAUGGAUCAGAUGAGCCUGGUACAUCAGCAUGCCCAAAUGGGCGUUUUAAUUGUAAGAAUGUGGGGCAUGUGUCGGCAUACAUAUCUUCUAGUCGAGUGAACGAUGGUGUUUGUGAUCCUGAAUGUUGUGAUGGAUCAGACGAAUAUGAUGGUAAAGUGGAAUGCCCAAAUAUAUGCAAAGAAGUCGGGAUGGAAUAUCGUAAAAGUCUUAGAGAAUUGACUGCUUUGAGGGCACAAGGUGCAAAAAAGAAACACGAAUAUAUUGAAUAUGGGAAAAAAUUAAAGAUGGAACGAAUAAACAAUUUAGAAGAUUUAAAGGUUGAGCUUGAUGCUGCCAAAAUUAAAUCAUCAUCAAAUAUUAAUGCUAUUGCUUAUAAUAUUAUUACAGCUGCACUUAAAAAGAUUAAACAACUAGAAAACUCUUCGGAUUCUUCGAAGAAUAAGGAGUGCUUCAGAAAAAUAAAGAAUUACAAAGAGCGGAUAAAACGUCUAAAAGAUCGUAUCGAUGCACAACAGGAGGACAUAGAGACAUUACUAAAGGUUCUUAAAGAUAUGAAAGACGGUCAUAAUCCAAAUUAUCAUGAUAUGGCCGUGAAAACGGCGAUUACCGCCUAUGACGAAUUUCUUGAGGAGUAUAACAGGGAAUCAAAUGAAGAUGUGGAUUACGUGAUGGAUGAUUACAAGGGAGAAGAAGAAGAAGAUAUGAAUGUUGAUAAUACAUACGAAGUACCGCAAAUUCAAGACCCUGAGCCUUCAUUAUGGGAUCAAUACGUUGAGUUAUGGAGGAUAUUUGCAAACGGGGUCUUGGAAUUCUUUGGUAUGGAACAAUAUUCAAUAAGUCAGGCUUCAAGUUAUCGCUCGUCUGCGCGUGUUGAACCCGGAGCUUCUAGAGAUAUUCAGGCCGCUACUAAUGCACGAAAUAGUGCCGAGGAAGAGAAAAAAAACCUAGAAAGCAAGAUCGAAGAUAUUAACAAUAAGCUAUCCAAAGAUUAUGGGUCACAAGAAGAAUUUGCAAAAUUGGAUGGAGAAUGCUUUGAACGUAAUACUGGAGAGUAUACAUACUCAGUUUGCAUGUUUGGGGCAGCGACACAAAAAAGUAACAAUGAUCACACGUCAACACAUUUAGGCAAUUUUGAAAAAUGGAUUGGCGCAGAAUCUAAGGAUGACCCAGCUUAUUACACAAAACAAAUUUAUGAGAAUGGAAUUAGAUGUUGGAAUGGUCCUGAAAGAUCCGUUAAGCUGCAACUUGAAUGUGGGGUGGAAAACAAAAUCAUAUCAGUUUCAGAACCAGAAAAAUGUGAAUAUUACAUAAAAAUGAUUACACCGGCUGUUUGCCCUGAUAAUGUUCAUAUUGAAAAUAAUGGCGGACACGAAGAAUUGUAG